CACCCAUCCGCGUUGCCUCCUACAGAGACAGAACAAUUUGCAUCACUGAACCGCGCGCAUGCAUUCACCUGCCGAUGCCACCUACCUAUUUGGACAUUAGCACAAUUCUUACAUUGCCAGUGCAACUCAGAAGGAGCGGAGAUGACAAGCUUGACUGGUACAGUUGUGUAGUUUAAAGUUAGUGAUAGCCUCUAAAAAAGUGUCUUUUCGAAGAUGUCAGAAACUUCUUCUGUGUUGUCGGGAUCUGUGGUGUCCAGCCCUCGGCUCCUUCAGCUCGCCCUCAAAGGAGAAUGGAUUGUUGUCGAACAGACCAUUAAAGCUUUGGACAAAGGAGACCCAGAAAUCUUUCAGACCGAUGAGGAGUCUGGUUUGAGUCUGUUCAUAAUUGCUGUGAGGGAGAACCGUAUAGCUGUGGUGGAGAGGCUACUGGAGAUGGGAGUGAACCCCAGUGAGAGAACCAAGGACGGCCGGACCGCACUGCAUAUAGCAGCUGCACACUCCAAGGACGAGAUUGUGAGACUUCUGGCGAGAAAGGCAGACCCCAAUAUUCCUGGAGGGCCUAAAGAGCAGCUGCCUCUCCACUUCUCGGCUUGCCGACCAGCUGGGUCCCACGGGGCCGUACACACACUCCUCAAACUCUCCAGCAAGGACGCACGGCUGCUUCCAGACAAGGAUGGCUGCAUUCCACUUCUGUUGGCCGUGGAGUCUGGGAAUGCUGGCAUCGUUAAGGAGCUGCUUGGAGCGCUAUCAGAAGCUCAGCUGCGCUCGCGGAGGACGGGCGAUGGUGACUCGGCGCUCCAUAUCAGCAGUAGGAGGAAGGAUGCGGAGAUGGCCAAGAUUCUGGUGGAGUCGGGGGCCAACGUCGAUGCCCAGAAUGAUGAGGGCCAGACCCCUCUGCACAUCGCGGCCGGGGAAGGAGACGAGGCCACGCUGAAAGUCUUCUACCAAUGCAAGGCCAACCCAAACAUUGCAGACAAGAUGGAUAGAUCGCCGCUGCACAUUGCAGCUGAGCGUGGCCACACCAACACUGUGGAGGUGCUGACAGAGAAGUUCAAGUCCAAUGUGCUGGCCAGAACCAAGGAUGGCAGCACAUUGCUGUAUAUCGCCUCUCAGUGUGGCCAUCCAGAAACUGCCUUGGCCUUCCUGAAGAAAGGUGUCCCGUUACACAUGCCCAAUAAGUCCGGUGCUGUGUGCCUGCAUGCGGCUGCCAAGCGCGGCCACACGGCUGUAGUGAAGGCUCUUCUCCUGAAGGGGGCGCAGGUGGACGCCACCACUAAGGACGGCCUCACCGCCCUCCACAUCGCCGUGCAGCACUGCAAGCCGCUGGUGGUGCAGAUGCUCCUGGGCUUUGGGGCCAAGGUGCAGCUCAACGGCGGAAAGGCUAAGGAGACACCGCUGCACAUUGCUGCCCGUGUGAAGGAGGGAGAGAAGGUGGCCGAGAUGCUCCUGAAGAGUGGAGCAGAUGUGAACGCUGAACAGGAGAAUGGGGAAACUGCCAUGCAUGUUGCAGCGCGGCACGGGAGCCUUCAGAUGCUGAGAGCACUCAUUGAGGAGGGAGGAGACCUGACAUGGAGGUCUAAGGCAGGAGAGAACCCGCUGCACGUUGCCGUGCGUCACUGCCAUGCUGCCAUCGUGGAGGAGAUCCUGAGCUACCUGACCAGGGAGAGGGGCCUGGAGCACGCACGCACCUGUGUCACACAGGAGAACCAGAGAGGAGAGACAUCUCUGCAUCUGGCUGCUGGUCUCAGCAGGGACGGUGCUGGCGAGAGUGGAGAAGACGUCCUUAUUGCGCGAACCCUCAUGGAGUACGAUGCCAAUGUCACUGCCACAACAAGAGAGAUGUGGGAGACCCCUCUGCAUUACUGUUCCAGGGUGGGCAACACGGCCGUGCUCCAGGAGAUCCUGAAUGGAGUCACCACCAGCCGACUGCAGAUGGCCGUCAACAAGCACGCAAAGAACGGCUGGUCUCCGCUGCUAUUGGCUGCCGAGAGAGGUCAUUUGGAAGUGGUCCGCAUGCUGCUGCAGAACCAUGCCAGGGUGGACGUCUUUGAUGAGGAUGGCAAGGCGGCUCUCCACUUGGCGUCGGAGAAGGGUCACGAGGGCAUCGCUGACCUCCUGCUGGCCCAUAAGGCCUUUGUCAACGCGAAGACCAAGCUGGGCCUCAGCCCACUGCACCUGGCCGCGCAAAAUGGAUCCACCGGCCUAGUCCAACUGCUAGUGGAGACACACAUGGCCACUACCGAUGCCUUGUCCCUGAAUAAGCAGACUCCUCUCCAUCUAGCCGCCAUGAGUGGACAAAUGGACGUCUGUAACAACCUGCUGAAGCUCAGAGCAGACAUCACUGCCACAGAUAUACACGGCCGCACGCCACUGCACCUGGCCGCGGAGAACGACCACUCUGCCGUGGUGAAGCUGUUCCUGCAGCAGCGGCCGGAGCUCGCCACCCUCGCCAACGUGGAGGGCGCCACCUGCACGCACAUCGCCGCUGCCAAGGGCAGCGUGGCCGUCAUCCGCGAACUGCUCCGCUUCAACCACAGCAGCAUGGCCACGCUCAACAACAAGGCUAAUGGCUGCUGUCCUCUGCACCUGGCCGCAGCUGGAGGUCAUACGGAGGUUGUGAAGGUCCUUCUGGAGGCCGGAGCGUCAGCUGGCGAUGAGGACGCGGAAGGGAUGACGGCAGUGCACCUGGCAGCCAGGAGCGGUCACACACACAUCCUGGAAGUGCUGAAGAACAGCGUGUCACUCAAGAUCACCAGCUCCAAGACAGGUUUGACCGCUCUGCAUGUCGCGGCCUGCUUUGGCCAAGUGGACUUUGUGAGGGAGAUGCUGACCCAGGUCCCAGCCACCAUCCGCAGUGACCGCUCUCACGGCACCCUCCGCAGGGGAGAGGAGCCUCGCAGGCAGCAGCAGUGCCAGCCUCCCGCAGAGUCAGGGUACACUCCUCUGCAUUUGGCAGCAGAGUCGGGCCAUGAGGGUGUGGUGCGGCUACUGCUCAACUCUCCUGGAGUGCAGGCCGACGCCGAGACAGACACACAGGGCUCCACCCCGCUGCACCUGGCUGCCCAGAGUGGCCACACGGCGGUGGUGGGUCUCCUGCUGAGCCGCUCCGGGUGCCUGCUGCAGCUCCGGGACAAGCUGGGCCGCACCUGCCUGCACCUGGCCGCCGCCAACGGACACAUCGCCAUGGUCAGGGUGCUGCUGGGGCAGGGCGCCGACAUCAACCUCACCGACCAGACGGGCUGGACGGCGCUGCACUAUGCCUCCAAGGCGGGCUGGCUCGAGAUGGUGCGUUUCCUGGUGGAGAGCGGGGCGUGUGCGGGGCUGGAGUGCCUGCAGGGCCGCACGCCACUACAGUACGCCGCCAACCACAACCACCAGGCCACCGUCAGCUACCUGCUGCGCCGCCGCGACAACAACACACUGCGCCUCCUGGAGGAUAGGAGGUUUGUGUUUGACUUGAUGGUGUGCGGCCGGCUGAAUGGCAACCUGGCUCUGGACGAGCUGGUGCUGCACUCCCCCGCCCCUCUGGACACGGCCGUGCGUCUGUCGCGCGCCUUGGGCCUGGCCGCCCUGCGGGAGAAGGAGCGCGCCGUGGACCUCCAGGCUGCAGCGCGCCACUGCGAGUCCCUGGCCUCUGACCUGCUGACCGUAGCCUCCAGCGUCGGAGGAGGUGGAGGGGGAGCGGGAGGUGGAGGGGGAGCAGGAGGGCGGGGACUGGGAGCGGGGCCCAUCCUGAGGGCCGUGGACCAUCGCGGGGCCAGUGUCCUGGACUGCCUGAUCGAGUGCAGACAGAAAGGGGUGGUGUCUCACCCGGCGGUGCAGAAGUACUUGACGGAGGUGUGGUUUGGCAGUCUGCAGUGGGACUCCUGGAGGAUACUCAUGCUCUUCAUAGGACUGCUGCUCUGCCCUCCGCUCUGGCUGGUGCUGUCACUGCCUCUCAAACACAGGUUCAACACGAUCCCCAUAGUGAAGUUCAUGAGCCAUCUGGUGUCCCAUGUCUUCCUGCUGGCCCUGUUCAUCCUCAGCAUCGUGUACCCUCCCGUCAGCCCCAUCUCCCUGGGACACCUCAUGCCCUCAUGGUGCGAAUGGCUCCUGCUGGCCUGGCUCUGUGGCAUGCUGGUCUCCGAACUCACACACCCAGGCGAGCGCGCCGGCCUGGCCUGGAUCCGCAUCCUGCUGCUUGCCUUCUCGCUGGCGGCCAUCUUGUGCCACUUGCUGGCGGUGGUGCUCCAGUGGUGGCCGCCGGGCCACCUGCACUGCCUGUUUGCGCGCAACGUGCUCCUGGCGGUGGCCAUGACGCUGGGCUUCGUGCAGCUGCUGGAGUUCCUGACCUUCCACCACCUGUUCGGACCCUGGGCCAUCAUCAUCCGGGACCUCAUGAAGGACCUGGGCCGCUUCGCCGUCAUCCUGGUGCUCUUCCACACCGCCUUCACCAUGAGCCUGGCCGCCGUGUGCCAACCCGUCUACCCCCUGCCACCAACGCCGGCAGCAGAGGAGCUGAUGGGGGUGCCGAGGGCGCCAGAUGUGGACUCAAGCAAUGCCACAGACUCUACCACACAGCCUCCUCCCCCUGAAGACAGCGAGGAGCACCAUGAUGUGACGGUGGUGGAUGUGACGGUGCUGCUGUUCUCUGCGCUGUUCGGCCUGGCGGAGCCCGAGUCCAUGCCUGUGCUGCAGCGCUCUCCCCCGGCCGCCACGGUGGUGGCACACCUGGCCUUCGGGGCUUACCUGGUGGUGACCGUCAUCGUGCUCAUCAACCUGCUCAUCGCCAUGAUGAGUGACACCUACCAGCGCAUACAGGCCCAGUCGGACCUGCAGUGGAAGUUCGGGCGUGCGGUGUUGAUCCGGGAUAUGAGCCGCAAGUCGGGCACGCCAGCGCCCUUCAACCUCUUCACCAACCUCUUCUUCUACGCCAAGAUGCUCUGCAAGCACGGCGGUAAGAUCUGCUCAGGUGAGGCACGAGACCUGAUGUCUGAGGAGGAGGAUGCGGAGGGCCUGUCUGACUCGCGCUCCCUAGACAUGCUGCCUCACUCCUCUGUCACCUGGAUGAGAGGAACCAGGAGAACACAAGUCAUACCGGAGGGUGGAGCUCCAGUAACCGUCAGGCAGGGAGGGCUGGUGCGGGUGGAGCAGGUGGUGGACUGGGCGGCAGUGGUCCAGCGCUUCCUCGCCCUCCACGGACAGAGGGACAGAGACACACCGGACAGAGAGAAAGAGGCGUAGGAAAAAUAAUCCAAAAUGUGUACAAUUGUACCGUAACUGUACACGGACUUCUUUUUUUGGAGCUUCAAAAGAUUUCCAGUUGCCUACAGCAAAGCUCCUUUGACUUCGAAGACCUGGAUGAAUGAGAAUAUUCACAGACACAUACAGUACAGUAGCAGUAAUGUGACGAGAUGCAACAGACCGUGAUAACAUUGGGGGUUGCAGUGCAAAGGUGGCAGGGGGCGGGGGGUCAGAUGUUGGACGGGCUUCUUGAGAAGCCAGUGUUCAGCAAAAACAAAAAAAACUGCCAUGGGGUCAUUAGAUAAUGAUAGCAUUGGACAACUUGUUGGGCAGUGUUGCCAGGCAACAUUACACACACGAAGAGCCAUGGAAUCCAGAGUUGUGACAGCCGGGGUACAGGAGGUCGGUUGGUGACAUGAUUCACAUAGAUUCAAAUAACUCUAGGCUGUGGCUUUCUGUUCGCUAGAGACUAACACAGAACCACUACAUAAGAAGCAAAGAUGAAGUUAAAAAAAAAAAAACAUAGAUUCAAAUAACUCUAGGCUGUGGUUUUCUGAAUCAAAAUCAAUUUCUGUACCUUUUCUGUACUUUCUGUGUUCUGCGCCCACUUCCUGGAACUAUGUCAAUGGCAUUCUGUGUGUCAACGGCUCCAUGAACCACCAUUGUUGUGUACAAAAUGGAACUCUGAGGUCAAUGGGAUUAGCCUACCUCUUAGUUCCAUGGCUCUACACCACUGACUUGUUAUACAAGUCAGUGCUCUACACACACAUAUUCUUUGGCACAUUAAUUUCCAUCCUAGUAUUCCUUGAGGAAAUAAGGGCCUAUCAUCCUGUUUCUUGGCAACAUUGCUCAACGUCUUCCUGCCGUGCAUGUGUCAUCACCUUUUGACUCCAUACCACACACUUCCACAGUAUUUGUACAGUAUUUGCCUUGUAGUGAUACAGUCACAGAAUAUUUUCACAUACACAGUGACAUCCGACAGUUACCACUAGUAUUUUGAAUAAGUCAAUACGCACACAUCUGAUGAUAACGGUCAGCGAUCUUGAGUUACAUGAUGAUUUCUUACCAAAUGAAGGUGUGUAACAGUGAACAUUGAUUUUGAAACAUUCUUUUUUUGAAAUUUGCCUGUAACUCACAGUGCCUCCUUCAGAAACCAUAAGACCAGCUUGAACAUUAGGCCUAUGUGAGGGUAAGAUCUCGUAAUCCAGGACCAGAAUAAUGAACCUGACUUCAGGUAAACAAAUUGUAAACACUGCCAUUUAGGCACAGCAGUACUGAUACAGUAGUAUUACUUCGAUUAUUGUGUUUUAGCAUUUCAGCAUUGUCUUGUGUUUUAAGAUUUCCUGAGUUCAAGUAAGUGCCAACAACUUGACGUUGUCAUAACCUACCCCAACUGUAGAAUAUAGGUAUGAACUCUGACAAGCCUCUAGCUAUUAAUUGAAUGUUGACAUUUUGGGGUGUUUUUACCUUAAUAUUAGCCUGCCUGCUGCGUGCUAGCGCUUAGUGUGUUUCCUCCACUGGCUAGGUAAGAUAUGCAUUAAGAUAUCAUUAUCAUCAUCAUCAUCGGGUGAGCUGGGUCCAUUUGAACUCUUUAAGACACACACUGUGACGUUACAUUACGGCCGUGUAUGAAACCGUGUGUUAACCGUAUGUAAAUAUUUUGCUUCUACCCUACUCCACUCAACUCCACAACCCCCUGGGUCUAAAUUAAACAAGCGGCUAGCUGCUUUCUCCAAUUAUUCAUAAUGUGAGUUCCACUUUGGCAAAACGGGGAUGUGGGGCCCCUCUUUCCUCUCUCUCCCUCCCUCUCCCUCUCUCUCUCUCUCUCUCUCUCUCUCUCUCUCUCUCUCUGGAGAGACGGGGCAGGAUGUAACUUUUCUUACCUGUUAGUGGCUAGAGCCAGCACAGUCUGUGCUCUGCCUGAUUGAUGGCCCCAGUGCUCUUGCCGCAGUCCAUGAGUAUUUGUCAUAGUGGCUGGCUGGGCCAAAUGUAACCAUAGGGGAUAACACGUGCCUUUCUGUGUUUUGUUUGUAUUAAAUAGAUAUCUUCUAAUGCAGUGUUUCUCAACUGGUGGGUCGCGACCCAAAAGUGGGUCGCGGAGGGGUCAUGGGUGGGUCGCGGAGCCGUGGUGUAAAAAAAUCGUAAUUCAUUCAUUCGCUAAAAAAAAAAAAUCCAACUUUUCCUGCAACAAUUUACGUUUAUUUUUAUAGGCGAUUGAACUUGUGUCAUCUGUCGUCAUAGAUAAAAUCAAAAUGUUUAUGCGAGAUAGAAGCGUACAACCAGUCAUUCGAGUGCCGCUAAAAAAAUUGGGUCGCGACCGAAUGAGAGUGGAAAAUGGUGGAUCCCAAGACUGUUCCAGUUGAGAACCACUGUUCUAAUGCAUACUGAAAAGAGAAGGGACCAACAGGUCAAAGUAACCCAAAUUUGCAUCGUAGAGAGAGGCUCAGAUAUUUGUCCUGAAAACAUGGAGUGGAAAACAAACUGACCUUAUGAGAAGUCAUAUGAAACUGUUAUGCCAGUGUGGUACAGUAUUUUAUGUCGCACCAUACCUGACACCACUCUUUGCCUUUCUCAACACAAUUGUACGAAAACCACCAUACAAUGUAGAAUCUUUGCAACCGAAAAAAGGACAUGUCCCAAACUCCAUAAAGAGCCAAAAUCCAUUCAUUUUACAGUAACAGUCACAUAGCCUAUAAACAAUGGAAAUAAAUGUCAGUUUUAGAAGCACAUUUUUUAGACUGAGUUGAUUUGAGUGGAUCUUCAUCGAUGACUAUGACAAAUGUUUCCAGACAGACAUCCUUUGUUCAGUAGUGAGGUGUAAAUUACAGCUUAGAGGUUGAAAUUUGUACUAAAACAAGUAGCCAUCUUUGUAGAUUCUUACGUAAAUUAACUACUACAAGGUGAAUGAAGACUCAAUCUGUAGGACUGACAGACAGACAGGCACUCAGGCACCCAAACAGAAAGUCAGAAACACAGACGGAGUGGCAGACAGACAGGCAGACAGACAAACAGACAGAUAGAUAGAUAGAUAGAUAGAUAGAUAGAUAGAUAGAUAGAUAGAUAGAUAGAUAGAUAGAUAGUCUGGCUGUCUGUCUGUCCCUGACUAAAAAUUGUAAUCUAGCCUAUAGCAGGAUCAUGUGAAAUUCUAAGAACAUUGUGACGUACUAUCACAUUCAGUUGAUCAGUUGAACUGUAGAAUCAUGCACAGGGGCAAUCCAAAGUGUCCAUUCAUCUGUAUGAGGGUUCUGUUGAGAGAAAACACUGAAUGUUUCAUAGUGUUCCUUUAAGGUAGUGUUUCUCAACGGGGGCGGCACAGUCACCCAGGGGGCGUUGGGGAUGAUACAUUUGAGAGGGGGCGGUGCUUAGUUGUCACUGGUGGCAUUAGGCCAUUUAUUUUUUUAAUACUAAGGGGGGCAUUGGCUGCGUUACAAUGAAGUCACGGGGCGUUGGGAGGCUUAGGAUGAGGUCCAGGGGGUGUUUGUUGAAAAAAGGUUAAGAAUCACUGCUUUAAGGCAUUAGUGGUCAGUCCUUUCCAUUGUACGCAUUAUGGGCUUAGUAAUAUGAUUUAAAGCCACAGAGCUUCUCUACAAUUAUUCAAUACACAUACAUAAUGGAGUUGUGUUAAGAUAUUUUGACCUUUGAGCUAUGUACAGUUUCCUGCUGUUGUUUUUUUUUAAAUUGUGGUCUUAUUUAGCUUUGAUAAACACAUAAGACAUCUGUGGUUCACUCUGUAAAUCACGCGAAUGCCCAAAUAUUUUGCCAUUUUUAUUGUCCUUUUUAUAUACAACAUUGUAAAUCCUGAUUUAAUUUUAAACUUUUGC